CGUAAAAGCAAACAACAGCAUAACUGAAUCAAAACAAUACAGUGCAAGGACGUCUUUGUUCAAUGUACACAGUAUGUUUUAAGUAUUUUCAAACAUACUUUUAAUUUGUUAGAAUUCACGUUAGUGGGUGUUUUAUUUGAGUUUUGAGCUCGGAAUACGUUCGAAUGAUUACAACUUUGCUGGAGGAGUGGGAUGGCGCUUGUUAGUAACCUCCUUGACCAAUGCAGUUUUUGUUCUGAUACAUGCAAUAAGGAAUAUCAUGCAUUGGUUCCCUCUCAACAUCAAGGCCAGAAGCUGAAAACUAUCCUGCAGAAAUUGCGCAGUAUCACUUCUCAGUUGAGUAGUUAUCCUACGUGUGACAAAUGUCGCCAGGAAUUCAUUGCCGUCCACAACAUUCCCGAGUGCUGCUUUCAGAUUAUGCACAGCGUCGAACCGAGUGACAUCAAGAUUGAGCCAGAGUUAGUUAUUGAUGACCACGAACUGUCGAAUGGUGAUAAUAUUUUUGAAACAGCCACAAUAUCGGACGUUGCGUCAAUUGCACAGGAAGCUGAAAUGCAGAUCAAGGAAGAAAAAAGAGAGGAAUUCUUCGUCAGCGAAAUGGACGAAAAUGCCGACAAUAUACCACUGAUUUCGGUGGCUAAAACAAAUACACAACGAAAACGUAAUUCGAAUGGUUCACAGAAGAAGUUAAAAUGUGGAAAGUGUGAGAAAACAUUUAGAUCAAAAGUAGGACUCAAACUGCACGGCCGAUCUCAUACGGGUGAACGUCCCUAUUCUUGUGUACAUUGUUCGAAGACUUUUGCGCAUCGUACAAUUCUCAAAGAGCACCUUCGCACUCAUACGGAUGAACGACCCUAUUCUUGUCCACAUUGUCCGAAAACUUUAAAGCAUCCUCAAACGCUCCAGAAGCACAUUCGUAUGCAUAAGGGUGAACGUUCCUAUUUUUGUCCACAUUGUCCCAAAGCAUUUGUGGACCAUACGACGCUCAAACAGCACAUUCGAACUCAUACGGAUGAACCUUCCUAUUCUUGCCCACAUUGUCCGAAAGCAUUUAGGACUUCUUGGGAUCUCCAAAGGCACAGUGGAAUUCAUACAGAUGAACGCCCCUAUUCUUGCUCACGUUGUCCGAAGACGUUUAGCUAUCCUUCCGCGCUCCAAAGGCACUCUCGGUUUCAUACGGAUGAACGACCCUAUUCUUGUCCACAUUGUUCGAAAAAGUUUGCGGAACCAAGGCAGCUCAAACUGCACAUUGAAACUCAUACGGAUGAACGCCCCUACUCUUGCGAACGUUGCCCGAAAGCGUUUAAGAAUCCUUCAGCGCUGAAUGCGCACAUUCGAACACACACGGAUAAACGCCAAUUUUCUUGCUCAAGUUGUCCGAAAGAGUUUAAGUCUCGGGCCAAUCUCCAAAAGCACACUCGAUUUCAUACGGGUGAACGCCCCUUUUCUUGUCCACAUUGUUCGAAAGGUUUCAUGGAUCGUUCCACUCUUAAAGUGCACAUUCGAUUGCAUACGGGUGAACGUCCCUAUAUGUGUCCACAUUGUCCCCUAGCGUUUACACAAUCUUCCAAGUUGAAAUCGCACCUAAAAACACAUGGCAAAGAUACAGGCGGCUUAGGGCAGGAAUCACUGUUGACCGUAAAGGAAGAAGAAGUAUCCAUUCAUGCUUAUCAAUCCCUGAAAGCGAUUGAAAAAUAAAAUGAGUAAGUUCAUAGGAUGAAUAUAUUCAAAAAAUACCAAACAUA